UUGUUUAACCAAAACCCUAUAAAACCCCCUUCUCUCCCGAUCAUUCUUGCCGCCGCUCAAUCUCUGCAAUCAAUUAGCUUUUCUCUCUACUAACAAUGGCGGAACUCAAGCUCUCGGAGAGCAGAGACCUAACAAGAAUAGAGCGCAUAGGUGCGCACUCACACAUCCGUGGCCUCGGCCUCGACUCCAACCUAGAAGCCCGAGGAUCUAGUGAAGGAAUGGUAGGCCAGACCGCUGCUCGUAAAGCUGCUGGCCUUAUUGUGCAGAUGGUCAAGGAAGGGAAAAUCGCUGGCCGUGCUGUUCUCCUCGCAGGACAGCCUGGAACUGGGAAGACCGCAAUCGCCAUGGGCAUGGCCAAGUCUCUCGGACAAGAAACCCCUUUUGCGAUGCUAGCAGGAAGCGAAAUUUUCUCCCUUGAGAUGUCAAAGACCGAAGCCCUUAUGCAAGCUUUCAGGAGAGCCAUCGGUGUCAGAAUCAAGGAGGAGAACGAAGUCAUUGAGGGAGAAGUUGUGGAGAUCCAAAUUGACCGUCCUGCGGUUUCUGGAGCGGCAUCAAAGACGGGUAAGAUGACGCUCAAGACUACGGAGAUGGAGACUGUUUAUGACUUGGGUGUGAAAAUGAUUGAGUCACUUGGUAAAGAAAAGGUUCAGAGUGGGGAUGUUAUAGCUAUUGACAAGGCUUCGGGAAAGAUUACUAAGCUUGGUAGAUCAUUUUCGAGGUCUAGAGAUUUUGAUGCAAUGGGGCCACAAACUAAGUUCGUUCAGUGUCCAGAUGGCGAGUUGCAGAAGAGGAAAGAGAUUGUUCAUUGCGUUACUCUUCAUGAAAUUGAUGUUAUCAACAGCAGAACACAGGGAUUUCUAGCUCUCUUCACAGGCGACACAGGAGAAAUCCGAGCAGAGGUAAGAGAGCAAAUAGACACAAAAGUCGCAGAAUGGAGAGAAGAAGGAAAAGCUGAAAUAGUUCCUGGAGUUCUCUUCAUCGACGAAGUCCACAUGCUAGACAUGGAAUGCUUCUCAUUCCUAAACCGAGCCCUCGAAAACGACAUGGCUCCGAUAUUAGUCGUCGCGACCAACCGAGGAAACACAGCCAUCAGAGGCACAAACUACAAAUCCCCUCAUGGGAUCCCUGUCGAUUUCCUAGACAGACUCUUAAUCAUCUCCACUCAGCCUUACACAGAAGAAGACAUUAGUAAGAUUCUGGAAAUCAGAUGCCAAGAAGAAGAAAUCGACAUGUCUGAAGAUGCGAAGAGGCUGUUGACGAAGAUCGGAGUGGACACAUCUUUGAGGUACUCGAUUAAUUUAAUUACAACUUCUGCUUUGGCUUGUUUGAAACGGAAGGGGAGGGUAGUUGAGAUGGAGGAUGUGAGCCGAGUUUAUGAACUUUUUUGGGAUGUUAAGAGAUCGACGCAGUAUUUGAUGGAGUAUCAGAGUCAGUAUAUGUUUAAUGAAGUGGCAAUGGGAGAGGCUGAAGAAGAAUAAGAUGAAGGUGCAAAGGCUAUGUUUAAUGUUUAGUUCUAUUCUAUGUUUAUCUGUUUUUGAAAUUUCUGAAUACUGAUUCAGAUACGGCUGAAAGGUGUGAUUGGCUAUUGUUUAUC